AUGGCGAUUAAUACUCAUAGUGGUAAGAGGUUACGUGGCCUUUCUAUGGGAAAAUUUGUAGUAGAUGAGGUAAUUUUUGAUGAACCCGAAGAAAGUAAUCCAGUGGAGUCUGAGAAAAUAAAUAGUUCUGCUAAUGAUUCAAAGAAGGAAAAUGAGAAGGAAGAGGAAAUGGUGUACUUUAAAAUAGCCCCAAAAAGAAAGAGUCCCACAGAACCAAAGAAAGUAGCCAAAGAAGAUUUACGUCGUAAGCUCAUCGAUGAGGAAUCUGAAUGUGAGGAUGAGGAACCCUUUCUCAAGAAGCAAAAGAAGCAAAGUCAAAAGAAAACUCCACUAAUUGAGGUGGAGGACACUAAUCAUACUGAGUUGACCAUAACUUUUGAGCAAGAGGGUUCUGAAAAAAGUGAUUUUGAAAAGCAUGAGUCUGAACAUACUGACUCUGAUGAAGGGGAUCAAGAAGAGUUUGAAGAAUCUGAUUCCGAGGGAACAACUUCUGGGUCCCCAUCCACUAAGCAACAAAAUAAUGAAGAUUUUCCACCUCAGAGGACUCUUAUCAAGUGUAAGAACUCGGAAGUGAGGAACAAUGCUAGAUGGCGAAUCCCUAGAGCUAAGGAAAUCUACAUUACGGGCUACAAAAAACUGAUAGAAGGAAUGCGAAGAGGCCAAUCCAAGAAGAAAAGAUGA